AUGUUGCCACAAUCUCUAGAAAGUUCUUAUCAUGAAAAAGGCAGGGCAGGCAGAGAUGGAGAUGAUACCAAAUGUGUUCUUAUUUAUACAGUUGAAGAUUAUUGCUCAAUAAAAAAAUGGAUAAUAUUUUGGAGAGAAAUUUUAUCCUCCAGAAUACAAAAAACCUGUGAUAAUUGUAACACAUCAUCAUCAUCAACCAAUAACAAUAAUAAUAGCAGUAUCAGAGAUCCAAAUAAUAAGACACUGUCAUCUUCAUCAAAACCAAAACAAAAUGUUAAGACUAAAUCUGUAGUUGCUACAACCAAAUCGAAAUCUGAAAUAACUAAUUCAUUGUCUGCAACAUUGUUAUCUAAUACAACAUUAUCAUCUACAACAUCAUCACUUACUACAUCAAAAAGUACAGAAAUAUCAAAAUUAUCAAAUUUGACAUCCAGUAGCAUUGAGAAAAAACUAUCAGAUACUGUUAUAUCUUCAUUGACAUCCACCUCCAGUAUUACCUCUAGGAAACGAACUCAUAAUUAUCAAGAUGAAUCAACGAUUAAAACAUCUACCCUUGUUGAAACUGCUGGUUCAGAAAAGAAAAUAGAAAAGAAGAAAUUAAAAUUUGCUGCUAAUGGCUCUCAUGGUGCUAACUUAAUCACUGAAAAAGAAAUAGGGAAGAAAAGCUUGAUAUUACAGGCAUCAUUAAAAAUUCCAUCAUAA